UUUAAUAAUAACAAAAAAGAAAAAUAUAUUGGAGUAAGAGAAUUAUAGUGAUUUUAUAUUAUAAAAUUUGAAUGAAUUCUAUAAUUUUCUUUGAAGUAGCAUAAAAUAAAAUAUUUCGGUGAAAAUAAUAUAUGUAUUGUUAUGGAGGCCUUUUAUAUCAGUCAGAUAUUUUUGUGCAAUUAGAUGACAAGAAAUGGGCAAUGAGCACUACUGCUUAAGGUGGAGCAAUCAUCAAUCCAACCUGCUAGGAGUGUUUAGUGAACUACUACAAGAAGAAAGUUUAGUUGAUGUCACUAUCGCUUGUUCCGAAGGCGCAUCAAUUAAAGCUCAUAAGGUGGUGCUGUCAGCAUGUUCAUCCUACUUUCAAAAUUUAUUCUUAGAACAUCAGUUUAAGUACCCAAUUGUUAUAUUAAAAGACGUGAACAUAUCGGAACUACGAGCACUGGUAGAGUUUAUGUAUAAAGGAGAAGUAAAUGUCGAGUAUUCUCAAUUGCCAUCGCUUUUGCGGACUGCUGAGAAUCUACAGAUAAAAGGUUUAGCAGAUAUGACAAAUCAAGAUAUUUAUUCAUCGGAUAAACCAUUAGUUACAAAAAUUUAUAAAAGCAAUGAUGAAGAAACAAAAUGUAGCAAUAGAUUGUCUACAGCACUGUGUGAUCAAUAUUUUAGUUCUAAUACAAACCAAAGGGUGAAAGAGGGUGAUAAUGUUCUGAGUAAAGGAGGAGAAUCUACUGCAACUGCAUUAACUGAUAUUACAGAAAGUAUCAGCAAUAUAGUGCCAGAUUUAGUCUCCAAUAGAGAAAAACAGUCUGAAGAUGAUCAACUACUAAAUAGUGAUAAAACAUCAGCAGCACCAACAUCUCCAACGCACGCUCAAAUCGAGCCUCAACCUAGUACAUCUGGACUUCAGGAAGUAGCACUGUAUCUGAAAAAGGAAGUUGAUUGGGACAGAAAAGAUACAGCUUCAGAAAGUCACUCAUCAGAUGCUCCAUCACCAGUUGAUAAGGAAUCUGGCGAAAGCGUUGAUUUACGAGGGAGUAUGUCGUUAUAUCAGUGCAUGUAUUGUGGUGUUAGGCUUUCUCACCAAAGCAAAUUAACUAGACAUAUAUUAUCACAUUCGUUAGAAAGUUUAAAGUAUCGAGAAACUAUGUUUCAACAUGCUCCGUUAUCAAGUUUCAUAAAAUCAGAAUCAACAAGUGAUAUAAAUGUUCAACCAUCUGCAAGCUCUGAACCUAUGGAAUUACAAGAAAGCUCUACAGAAAUGGAAUUUCCCAUGGCAACUGGUUCAAAUGAACAAGGAAAUUUAGUUUUAUGUAAAUUUUGUGGUAAAAACUUUCCUGAUGUGUCAUCAUUGAUAACACAUCUUCCAAUCCAUACGGGUGAUAGACCUUUCAAGUGUGAGUACUGUGGAAAAGCGUUUAAACUACGACAUCAUAUGAAAGACCAUUGUCGUGUUCAUACAGGUGAACGACCAUUUCGCUGUGGAAUGUGUGGCAAAACCUUUUCUCGUUCUACUAUUCUUAAGGCCCAUGAAAAAACACAUUAUCCUAAGUAUGUGAGAAAAUUCUUAUCACCUAGUCCAGUUGAUAAAGGAGAACAACCUCAAUGAAAACAUUGAAUAGCAAUUUUUUUAUUAAUUAUAGUAUCAGAAUCAAAUUAAGAUAUUUUGUUCCUGCAAUUAUGAGUUCUUAAGUGACAAAACUCAUUCAACAAUUAUUAAAGAUAUGAAAUGAAUGUAUCGUGUUUAAUUUAUAAGGCUUUUAUUUAUUGACCUUUCUUAUUUAAUUUUUUUCUACAUACAUACUUACAUGUAUGAUGAAUCACAGAGAAAAAAGGCAUGGUGAAUAAGAAAUAUGUUUUUUUUUUACCUACCUUUACACGAAAUCUGUAUGGAACUGUUCUUUUGAUUUGAUUUUUUUACUAUACCAAUUUGUAAGAGUUGAUAUUUAAUAUUAGACAGCAAUUUGCAGUAAAAUUAAACAAUUAAAUUAAUCAUAAUUACUUGAAUUUGCCCAUUAAUACUCAAUUAAAGUAACAAAAUAAUUGAACUUUUACAAACGAAUGUCAGAAGACUUCAAGAAUAGCAAAGGAAGUAUAGCUAAUAUCUAAAAAUAAAGCUUUUUCAUAAAACAUUUUAACAUACCGUUCUUUUUAUAAACUGCACAAAAAUUUUAAGAAUGAAUUAAAGAUAUUAGAUAUUCUCCCUUAGUCGUAUAAAUUUGAUAAAGUUUUAGUAAUGUUCUAGCACGUUCAAGUUGUUUCUUCAAAUAUUACCUAAAUCCGUGCAAUUAUGUAAAUCAAAAAAAAAAUUACAAAUAUUAUAUACGUUUUUAAUUUUUUUAGGCGCUCCAAAAAUGUUUCAAAAUUUUUUUUUAAAGUACAAAUUUCAUUGUCGGUUUUUAACGUUUCCUCAGAAUUUUAACCACCUAAGUCUCAUAAAAAAUUGUGACUUUGAGAUUUUUGUUUUUACUGGAAAUGUUCUGAAUUUAAUUGUUAUUACCAUAAAUAUUAAGAAUCGGUAACAAUUUCUUAAAUUUAGUAGUUUUGAUUGAGAAAAUUAUUUUUUAUUUUACGUUAACUUUAAUCCAUUCAAAACAAAAAAAAAAUGUGAGGAACAAAUUUUGAAAUUAAUGUGAAGCGGCCUUAUAUUCUAUCAAAUCAGAUAAUUUUUAAAAUUAAAAAAAAACUUUUCUGAGUAAAUAUUAAAACUGCUGAUAAAUAAUAUUUUUUAAUUUCAUUGAAAACUUUAUUAUAACAUAUAGGUUCUAAAGCACGAAACAUUAAAUAUGAAAUAUAUAUUAGUUUUCUGGUAAUUUUGGCUCUACGCUGGACUUUUCGAGAGAAACGCUGUCUAAUAUAUGAUAUUGAGCUCCAACUUUUAGUGAUUAAUUGAAUAUUAUGCUUAGUAACUUAACAAUAUUUUUAUUUAACAGAUGAUAAAUGUUAGUCAAAGAAUUUUAAGUUAAAGAUUGCACAACAGUUGCCUUUGAAAGUUAAAGUACUGAAUUUUAUUACGAAUAAAAUCAAGUUGUAUUAAAUACAAAGCAAACUUUAAAUAAAAUAAGUUUUUUUUAUUUGUAUCUUUAAGCAGAGGCCGGUUAAGAGAAGAAGAUUUUGUUCAGAAUAUCCCUCAACUAAAUUAAAACUAAACUAAACUAAACAAUAUUUUCAAACCGACCAACAAACACGCAAGUAUGUAUAGCAAAGUAUGCGUAAACAAAAUUUAGACAAUGCACUGGAUAAGAAAUUUCAUCAUGUAAAAUUUAAUUUUCAUAGGUAUUUUAAAGUUUGGUCUUGAUUUACUAUUUUAAAUCCCUUAAAAUUGUUAAAGUACACAUAACUCCUUAUUAUUUAAAAUAUUAUUAAUUUAUAUAUAUAUAUGUAUGUUUCUUAUA